GGCUCCGGCUAUAAAACCCUUCCCGGGAUCAGGCAGGAGUCCUGCCCUGAGCUGGACAGUACCACCUUCCUUCGUGCCAGGACACUGUCAGGACAGGCAGCGGACGAGCCUCCAACAUGAACGACAUCUACAAGGCAGCGGUUGAGCAGCUGACAGACGAACAGAAAAAUGAGUUCAAGGCCGCCUUCGACAUCUUCGUACAAGAUGCGGAGGACGGCUGCAUCAGCACUAAGGAGCUGGGGAAGGUGAUGAGGAUGCUGGGCCAGAACCCCACUCCGGAGGAGCUGCAGGAGAUGAUCGACGAGGUGGAUGAAGACGGGAGUGGCACGGUGGAUUUCGACGAGUUCUUGGUCAUGAUGGUGAGAUGCAUGAAAGACGACAGCAAAGGGAAGACAGAGGAAGAGCUGGCAGAGCUGUUUCGAAUGUUUGACAAAAACGCAGAUGGUUACAUUGACCUGGAUGAGCUCAAAGUGAUGCUGGAAUCUACAGGAGAGGCAAUCACUGAGGACGACAUCGAAGAACUGAUGAAAGACGGGGACAAGAACAACGACGGCAGGAUUGACUAUGAUGAGUUUUUGGAGUUCAUGAAAGGAGUGGAGUAAUCCAGAACAAGAGGAGAUGCAGAGUGUUAUUUUUUUUUCUCUGUGGAUCAUCCGCGGAUACCUGGAAUUGAAAGGCCAUUGAUAGGAACAAUGGGACGACUAUGCAAAAUUUAGUCAAAUACUGUAUCUGAACAUUUCUGUAUUCUUCUGUCCCUUCUUGCAUUGUUGUAAAUACAGUUUUUGACAGCUUUUCGUACCCAUGUAUGCAAAAUUUGUGUAAAUGUAUCCAAAUUACUUAUGUUUUAUAUAGAGGACAAACACUAUUCCCCACUUGGGCUGCUUGAGAUGUCAACUUGCCACAGAUGGUGUCACAUACUGGACAGAAAAUGUAUGUGUGCACAAAGCAGGACAUAUCCAUGAGCUAACAUAACAUCAAGCUCUUGAAGACUAGGCUAACCGUACUGUACCGUACUUUGAGAAUAAUCUACAGAAUCCCGCUGUAUGUCUAAAAUACCCUCAGGACUUCUUAUUCCGCUCUCGUGUCCCUGGAACGUCUGCAUGUUUCUACAUGAAAGGUCUGCUUGGAAUGUGCACCCACGUAAUAAAACACAUGCAUUUGUCAGUGCA